AUGGCCUUGUAUGUUCCCGCCCUUUCAGACCGUGCAUCUUCAAAUGUAAUUAUCAUCUGCCUUGUUAGGAAGCUUUCUUUGGGGUACGAGGUCGAAGACAUGCCGAUCCCACUGAUUAGGGAUAGGAUUGAAUGCGGGUCUGCCAGUGUAUCUCCUCCACGUAUUGGUCCCCGUGAUGCCAGGUACUAUAACCAAGCUCAUUCCAUCUGGGCCUCAUUCGAAAAAUUCAACGUCGUACAAAUUGAAACUAGCUUAGAGUAG